AUGAUCCCUUGGUGUUUGCACUUGGUCGGCGCCUCCGCUAGGACCAGCCCCACCCCGGACGGCGCCGGUGUUCGCGUCGUCGCCUACGAUGGCCGGGUGAAGGUCUACGACCGGCCAGUGACGGCGGCGGAGGUGAUGAAGGACCACCCUUGCCACCUCGUCUGCCGCUCCGACGCUUUCUUUAUCGGGCAAAAGGUGCCGCCUGUCGCCGCCGGCGUCCAGCUGCAGCCGGGGCAGUCCUACUUCCUCUUCCCCUCCCAUUUCUUCCACUCCGUUCUCUCCUUCGUCACCCUCGCCGCCUCUCUCGUCGGCCCCGGCGGCAAGGGUGCCGCGGCCGUGCGCCCGUUCGAUAUCCGGAAGACGGCGGCAGGCACGCUCCAGAUCACGCUCUCCGACGAGUUCCUGAAAGGAAGGGAGCGGGACGGGGAGCAGAGCCGAAGCAAAGGAGUCGUGACGACGGAUGCGUUGGAGAAGGAGUACAGGAUGCUGGUGAGGUGCAAGUCCAGGCAGUGGGCGCCGAAGCUGGAAACGAUAAGGGAGUCGGAGAGGAGGUCAAAGAUGGGAAUCGAAUCGUUCAAGAGGAGGAGGAAGAAGGAAAGCCAUUGA